AUGAUAUGGAGAUGCAACGAAAUUAAAAAUUGUCCAGGACGAGCGCAUACAAUGCAAGGAGAUAUAAUAAAAUCCAUAGAUAAUAAUCAUGUACCAGACGUUGCAAAAAUUGAAGCUAAGAAAACUAUAAAUCUAAUAAAGGAAUACGCAACAACAACAGUAACAACUACAAGAGCUAUACUGGGAGAAACGUCAGGUUAG